GGCCUUAGUAGGAAAAAUGGUUCGGCCGGGCCUGGGCCGGGCCCUCCGGGCGCUGCAGCUGCUGCAGCCGCCGCUCAAACCCCUGGGACCGGCUGCCUGCUAUGGUACUUCAGUAACAUCUGCUAAAAUCCAAGUGAAUGGAGUCCACCUGCACUAUCAGCAGACAGGAGAAGGAAGCCAUGCGGUUCUUCUGCUCCCUGGCAUGCUGGGGAGCGGCCAAACUGAUUUUGGACCACAGCUGAAGUCUAUGAAUAAGCAGCUUUUUACAAUAGUUGCUUGGGAUCCUCGGGGUUAUGGGCAGUCCAUUCCUCCAUCUCGAGACUUCCCUCCAGAUUUCUUUGAGCGGGAUGCCAAAGAUGCUGUGGAUCUUAUGCAGGCACUGAAGUUCAAGAAGUUCUCUUUACUGGGCUGGAGUGAUGGUGGAAUUACAGCACUCAUUGCGGCCGCAAAGUAUCCAGCUCUCAUCCACAAGCUGGUGGUCUGGGGAGCAAAUGCCAGCGUUACUCAAGAGGAUGUGAGAAUUUAUAAUGGUAUCCGAGAUGUUUCAAAAUGGAGUGAAAAGGUCAAGAAACCGUUGGAAGAGAUGUAUGGACAGAAGUACUUUGCCAAAACGUGUGAGGCUUGGGUAGAUGGAAUAUCUCGCUUCACUGAAAAAGCAGGCGGUAGUAUCUGCCAAGAGCUUCUGCCAGAUAUUAAGUGUCCCACAUUUAUAAUUCAUGGAGUGAAAGACCCUUUGGUUCCACAGCCUCACGCAGAAUACAUUCACAAGCACAUCAAAGGCUCUCGAUUGCUUCUGAUGCCAGAAGGAAAGCACAACUUACACCUACGCUUUGCAGAGGACUUCAACAGGGAAGUGGAAGAUUUCCUACGCUGAUGUGAACUGUAACACGUUGGAGAUGUUUAGCCUUCAGGAAUUUUACUUGGCUAUCCAUUUUCUUUCAAGCUACAGGUAGGCUUGAAUCCUAUGAGAUAAAAUAAGACUGAUUUACAUGAGAAGAAUACACUUAAAAUACAUAAACCUCAGUGGAUCAAUGUACGCCACACUGCGCUACAAGAUCUAUGUGUCUGUAAGCUUCUUACAAACAGGCCAGAUAGAUGCUCUUUGUCCAAUAAAGUGCUAAGAAAGACA